AUGUGUCCCUCCUUUUAUUAGAAUCCCACUGUGACAAACAGAGCAGUCUCUCUUUCACUCUCUCCUCUCUGCCUCUCUAUCUCUGUCUCUUUCUCGAGCUCUCACUGUUUUAUUUACCAGAAAUUGUGCCGUAUCAAUAUCAUUACAUGCAUGGUUAAAAUGAUGGUGGAGGAGAAAGAAAGAAGCAUUGAGGAAAGGCUUUUGCAGCUCAAGAACCAAAACGACGAUUCAGAUUGUCGUAUCACUGCUUGUGUUAUCCUUGGUACUUUCGUCGCUGUGUGUGGCUCCUUCUCCUUUGGUGUCUCUCUUGGUUAUACUUCAGGUGCUGAGAUAGGAAUUAUGAAGGACUUGGGUCUUACAAUCGCGCAAUUUUCAGCAUUCGCUUCAUUCUCCACUUUGGGAGCUGCAAUUGGUGCUUUGUUUAGCGGUAAAAUGGCGAUCAUCCUUGGCAGAAGAAAAACAAUGUGGGUCUCCGAUCUCCUCUGCAUCAUUGGUUGGUUCUCCAUCGCUUUCGCUAAGGAUGUGAUCUGGUUGAACUUCGGAAGAAUCUCCUCAGGAAUAGGACUCGGCCUAAUUAGCUAUGUGGUACCUGUCUAUAUAGCAGAAAUUUCCCCAAAACAUGUUCGUGGUACAUUUACCUUUACAAAUCAGCUUCUUCAAAACUCUGGACUCGCCAUGGUUUAUUUUUCGGGGAAUUUUCUCAACUGGAGGAAAUUGGCUCUAUUAGGUGCUUUACCAUGCUUCAUUCAAGUAAUCGGUUUAUUCUUCGUACCAGAGUCCCCAAGAUGGCUGGCAAAAGUUGGUACAGAUAAAGAACUAGAAAAUUCACUGCUUCGGCUUAGAGGGAGAGAUGCUGAUAUUUCACGUGAAGCCUCAGACAUUCAAGUAAUGACCAAAAUAGUAGAAAAUGAUUCAAAGUCGAGUUUUUGUGAUUUGUUUCAGAGAAAGUAUAGAUAUACUCUCGUGGUACGAAUCGGGCUAAUGUUGAUACAACAGUUUUCAGGAAGUUCUGCUGUACUCUCUUAUGCAAGUACCAUUUUAAGAAAAGCUGGUUUUUCGGUGACCGUUGGAUCGACACUGCUAGGCCUCUUCAUGAUACCAAAAGCCAUGAUUGGUGUCAUUCUUGUUGAUAAAUGGGGCAGACGGCCUCUCUUGUUGACUUCUGUAUCUGGGAUGUGUAUAACUUCCAUGCUUAUUGGAGUCGCCUUCACAUUACAGAAAAUGCAAUUGCUACAAGAACUAACUCCAGUAUUCACGUUUAUAUGCGUUACGCUGUAUAUUGGAACUUUUGCAAUAGGCAUGGGAGGCCUUCCUUGGGUAAUUAUGUCCGAGAUAUUUCCAAUGAAUAUAAAAGUAACAGCAGGAAGUAUAGUUACGUUAGUAUCAUGGUCAAGUAGUUCGAUCGUCACUUACGCUUUCAACUUUCUGCUCGAGUGGAGCACUCAAGGAACAUUUUACGUAUUUGGGGCAACCGGAGGAGUAGCAUUGCUUUUUAUUUGGUUGCUCGUUCCGGAAACAAAAGGAUUGUCACUUGAAGAAAUACAAGCUUCGCUUAUUCGUCAACCUGACGGAAUAAAUUAAACAUAGAUUGAAAUGUCAAAUUUUUAGAUAAUUAAUUAAAAUCAGUUUAUGAUAUUGUGCUAAGAAAUUUUUUCAUUUUAUUCAUUAUGUAAUCACUAUUUUAGUUGUUCUUAUACUUAGAACUUAUUGUAUAUGUAUGUUCCCGUGAUAUAAAACACGGCCUAUGCUCAUUUGUAUUCUAUCCCUAAAAUUGGAAAUGUAAAAAAAAAAUGCAGA